AGGUGGUCGCUCGGCGCAUGCGUGGCUGGCAGGGGCUCUUCCGCGGCUCCUGCGGGUCACCUGAGUGCGAUGUCUCAGAAGAAAAUGGAGAUUCCAGCCCCACCAACAUCAAAAUGCAUUCUUUAUUGGAAAAGGAAAGUCAAGUCAGAAUACAUGCGCCUUAGACAGCUCAAGAGGUUUCAGGCAAACAUGGGAGCAAAGGCUUUAUUUGCCUCAAACUACGCAAAGGUACAAGAAAAGACGCAUAUCCUGAACGAGGACUGGAAGAAGCUCAGAGUCCAGCCUAUUCAGUCUAUGAAGUUAGCUAGGGGUCAUCCUUUUCUCAAACAGUGCACUAUUGAGAGCAUCUUCCCCAGUUUCACCACACAGACCUUGUUCAUGCGGACCCUCAACACUGUGGCCCUGGUGCCUAUCAUGUAUUCCUGGUCCCCACUUCAACAGAAUUUCAUGGUCGAAGACGAAACUGUUCUGUGCAACAUUCCCUAUAUGGGGGAUGAGGUAAAAGAGGAAGAUGAAACCUUCAUUGAGGAGCUGAUCAACAACUACGAUGGCAAAGUGCAUGGAGAAGAAGAAAUGCUCUCUAGUUCGGUCCUCAUCAGUGAUGCUGUGUUUCUUGAGCUGGUCGAUGCACUGAAUCAGUACUCUGAGGAGGAAGAGGAAGGGCACGAUGCUGUGGAGGGCAAACUGGAAACUGGGAAGGAUGAGCUGCCUGUCACUCGGAAGAGAAAACGGCUUUCCAUUGAAAGCAGCAAGAAAUGUUCCAAGAAGCACUUUCCAAAUGACAUGAUCUUUACCGCUAUUUCGUCAAUGUUCCCUGAGAAUGGUUUUCCAGAGGAUAUGAAGGAGAGAUACAGAGAGCUGACGGAAGAGUCGGACCCAAAUGUGCUCCCUCCGCAGUGCACACCGAACAUCGAUGGGCCGUGUGCCAAGUCUGUCCAGCGUGAGCAGGCCCUGCACUCCUUCCACACUCUUUUUUGUAGGCGUUGCUUCAAGUACGACUGCUUCCUCCAUCCUUUCCAUGCUACCCCCAACGUGUAUAGGCGGAAGAACAGAGAGACCAAAAUUGAGACGGAGCCCUGCGGGCCAGACUGCUUCUUGUGGUUGGAGGGAGCCAAGGAGUUUGCUGUGCUGCGCAACCCACGGUCAAAGUGCUCUGGACGGCGGCGGCGCAGGCACCCCACCCUCAACACCUCCUCUUCCUCCAGUGCUUCAACCUCUGCAAGUGCUGAAGCCAAAGAAGGCGACAGUGACAGAGACACAGGCAACGACUGGGCGUCCAGUUCCUCUGAGGCAAAUUCGCGUUGCCAGACACCAACAAAGCAGAAGCUGAGCCCUGCCGUCUUGCAGCCGGUCCUGUCUGACAUCCCCCUGGAGCCUGUUGAGUGGACAGGGGCAGAGGAGUCUCUCUUCCGUGUCUUCCAUGGAACCUAUUUCAACAAUUUCUGCUCAAUCGCUAGACUGUUGGGAACAAAGACAUGCAAGCAGGUGUUUCAAUUUGCAGUGAAGGAGUCCUUGAUAACGAAGCUUCCCACAAAUGAGCUCCUGAACCCCUCCCAGAAAAAAAAGAGGAAGCAUAGGCUGUGGGCUGCUCACUGCAGGAAGAUCCAGCUAAAGAAAGAUAAUUCAUCCACUCAAGUGUAUAACUAUCAGCCCUGUGACCAUCCUGAGCACCCGUGCGACAGCUCCUGUCCUUGCAUCAUGACCCAGAAUUUCUGUGAGAAGUUCUGCCAGUGUAAUCCAGACUGCCAGAACCGUUUCCCUGGCUGCCGGUGCAAGACCCAAUGCAACACCAAGCAGUGUCCAUGCUACCUGGCUGUGCGGGAGUGCGAUCCAGACCUCUGCCUGACUUGUGGGGCCUCGGAACACUGGGACUCCAAGGUGGUUUCCUGCAAGAACUGCAGCAUCCAACGGGGCCUUAAGAAGCAUCUGCUGCUGGCUCCAUCCGAUGUUGCUGGCUGGGGGACCUUUAUCAAGGAGGCCGUGCAAAAGAAUGAAUUUAUCUCUGAGUACUGUGGGGAGCUCAUCUCCCAAGACGAGGCUGACCGACGAGGGAAGGUCUAUGACAAGUACAUGUCCAGUUUCCUCUUCAACCUCAAUAAUGAUUUCGUUGUUGAUGCAACUCGUAAAGGCAACAAAAUCCGCUUUGCCAACCAUUCUGUCAAUCCUAACUGCUAUGCCAAAGUGGUGAUGGUGAAUGGAGACCACCGUAUCGGGAUAUUUGCCAAGAGAGCCAUCCAGGCAGGCGAAGAGCUCUUCUUUGAUUACAGGUACAGCCAGGCAGAUGCACUCAAGUACGUUGGCAUAGAAAGAGAAACAGACAUCAUUUAAUCACUGCUGCUUAACCAGCCAUGUCUGGUUCCGUGCUGCUUCCCUCAUUGCUGUGUGUUUUGUGAGAGCUUCAUUCAACCCAGAUUCCUCUUCUGCGGAGGAGCCAGCCAGCUGAUGCUGCCCUGGGGAGCUCUGCUGAAUUGCUGUUGGUGGAAAGUGAGGCGGCUUUGGUCUUUGGUCAAAGCCCACCGUUCAACCCACUGGCUGGGGGUGGGGGAGAGGGUUGCUGGGCCUCACUGUCUUUGCUGGUCUUUUGCUGGAUUGAGGAACAGAAGGUAUCCAUUUCCUCCAGCUACCCCUGUGGGCAGGAGCAGCGGGGCGAGUCCCAGCCUCAAUGAACCUUAUUUGCAAAGAAAGGUGGAUUGUAGGGUGCUGUGCAAAGGUUCUUUGGGACAAGGAAUUUGCAGCCUGACAGACCACUGCUGGAUUUUGGUGCAAAAGAGAGUGAAAUCUUGUGGGGCAAUGGGGAAAACAUUGGGGGGGGGCAGUAGAGCAUUUUGCUCUUCACUGUGACAGUGUUUGCCACCUUCUGAUAAUUGUGAGAGAAACAGGCAUCCCCCCCCCCCCCGGUAAGGGUGCUCUAGUAGCCCGUGGGGGUGGGGUUGCUUUCUGUCCUGUGAAUCUGGAUGGAGGGAAAUCUUUUGCAGUGGUUUUUAUCAGGACUGGCAGGGACAAGUUCUGGGGCCGUCUGCCCACUGGCCCUCAAGGAAAGUGGCUGAGUAAUUUCCUGAUGCAUUGACAGAAGCUUCCAGUGCUGGGAGAGAGCCGGGGGGCUUACUGCUGGUAUGAGCCUGGAGGGUGUUUACUCCUUCAGGGUCCAAGGCCUGCUGAUCAGGCAUCCUUUGCUGCAUGAGCUGAGGAAGUUUAUCUCCUCUUGCACCUGACCUUGAUCCGGUGAAAUGCUGGGCUUCUCACUGGACUCUUCCAGAAGCCUGUCUUGGAUCUUUGUUGGUCAGGCUCUUCAGUUUAAGGAUUUUGUUAAAAAAAUUAUGAAGCACUUUUAAAGCUGGGGUGAUUUCCUGAUGGAGCAUAUGGAGGGGUGGGUGAGAGAGAGAGUGUGUCCCAGGUGGCUAGAGACUCAGGGCUGGGGACCCAGAGCUGCUAAAUUCCUCUCCCUUCAGAAAUCAGGAUUUUCUUCCUGGCUGUCCAUGCACAAAAACAAAGUAAAGCAUGCACUUUAGAGUAAUUCCUUCCACCAAGGCCAGGGGCUGGACUCCAUGUGGGCUGCGGGGGUGGGGGGGUAGAAUGUUGGCUCCAGGUGUCAUUUAUGAGGCGUCUUCAUCAUCUGGACUAGAAACUAGUAAACUUGACCAAAAGUGGUUGAGUCCUAAACCAGUGCUAAAAACUGGUUUAUUGAACUUAGUUGAAGGGUAUCUACAGAAGCCAGCAGUAGGGGAGAUGUUUGUGCCAAAAGAGGCGAGUGUCUCUCUCUUCAAGACUAGCAUGGAAUAGUAGCUGCUAGGGGUGUGCAAUUUGGUAUAUAUAGUCCAAAAACGUACCUGGAAAAAUAACCUUGUGUUUUCUGAUAUAGUUGGGAAUCAUGCUGAUUCGGGAUUCUUUAAUAGAUGAAUACUGGCUUCUCAGUUAAUUCAGAAAAUAUUUGGAAUUAACUAGGUCAAUUAUUCUGGGGUGGGGGGGUGGAAGGUCUAUUUUUCAUUCAAGCUAUACUAAAAUUACAGCAGAAUUAGGACUGCCUGUCCUUUAAAAGACCCUCCAAAUUUCAACAAUAUUGGGUCAAGGGCCAGAUUCUACAGGCCCCUGAACAAGGUCCUGAGGUGGGGGGAGAGGUGAUUGCAUGGCACAUUAGGAAGAGCUGAACCAUUUGUCCAAUCACACGAUUCUCUCAUGGUAAGUGAGACAUGAUUUUCUCGUGGUCUAUGAGAGAAUCAUCAAGAUUGGACAGUUCAGAUCUCCCUAACAUACAAUUCCAUUCACGUUUGAAAGUCAUGCCUUUCCCCUUCCCCCCUCUUGUGUGUUUGGCUAAGGCUCCUUUGUUCUGCAGAAAGCAUGGGAUUCCUCCCCCCCCCCAUUGGAUACAGUGGAGAGUUGCUGAGGGGAGGGCCUGUAGAAUUGGACCCCUUGACCCAUUCUUCUUGAAACUUGGAAUUCCUUAAAGAACAGGCAGCCAUCACUCUGCAGCAAUUUUGGUGUCGUUUGCUUGAAUUCUCCAUACACCCCCCCCCCCCGAAAUGUUCCCACAUAGGGAAUAAUGGAGCCAAAUAGAUUUGGAUUCCUGAAAAAAAAGCAGAUCUGAGGACAAACUGGUAUUUUUGAACUUUAAUAUCAGGAAUACCAAUAUACAUUGAAUUUCUGAUAUCCAAAUAUGAAAAUACCAUUUUUUUUAGUGCAUACACCUAGUAGCUGUUGUGCCAGUCUUAGAAAAUGAGAGGGGGAAAGUGAGAUUUUAUAGGACUGGGUUUAGUAAUGGAGUGUGUAAAGUUUUUUGAGUUAGAUAGGACUCUUGGAUGGGAUACCAGAGUAGUGUUUUACCAAUGAUUGCACUAAAAAGCCAUAGUUACAAGUUUUCAAUAAUUUCAGAUGAGGUAGUUGCCUGAAUUAAAGUAUUUGGAAAUAGACUUUUAAUUGGCCAAUCCCCUGCCCCACACUUAAUGUGAAUUUGAAACAUGUGAAGUAAUACUAGAGUGCCUCUGGGCAUGUACAGAGUGCCUUUACUACUGAUUAUUAGUGAACCACUUCAGCCCUCUGGAAUCAGGGGAAAGGGCUUCCUUGAGAAUAGACAGUAACUGAGUAGGCUGGAGUCCCAGAGCUACUCUUAGAAUUUUAUAGUCUGAUUCCACCAAAAGAAUCCUCUUCAUGCGUUGCUUUGAUUUCCAGCAGAUUAGUAUGUCUGCCAGAAAAAGCAGCAGCUGUCUGUCACCAAGUGCAGGAAACAGACCUCUUUUCCAUUUUCCUCCGUUUCUUUUCAAGAGGGGGGACAUCCUGCUUCUCUUUCUUUACUACCACGUUCUGUCCAGGACACCCGUGGUAGCUGUUCCCUCGCAUUCCUGCAGAAUGCCCCCGAGUCAUUUGCAGCCAACAAAGAGGCUGGUGCUCUCCUCUUUCGUGGCAGCCCCUGCCUCACUGAGCAGAGAGAGAGGGAUGCUGCGCAAAGCCCUGAAGGAGACAUGUUGGUGGGAAGAGUGGAAGAACUAGUUGCAGCCUUUGCAGAGUGCUGCAGACUAUGUGAUGGGACUCCCGCGCUGCACUGUUCUUUUUUUAGUCUACAGUCACAAUACUAAGGAUGUGUGUCUGUUCAUUUCUGACACCAGCCAAACGAUUGUGCAGAUGAAGAGUAGUUACAGGGUACGUAUCUCUUACGUUAAUGGGUUCAAGAGCGGUCUUGCAUUAAGGGGGGGGGGGGUGUCACAUUUACUAAUCAGUGGCAAGCAAGUCGGAGCCCUGGCAGGGUAGUCUUCCAUGUUGCUGGAUAUGGAAACGAGAGUUGGGGUUGCUGUUACUCUGGCUACAGGGGAGGUGAUGAAUGUUUUUUGAUCAAGCAGCUGUCUGAAAGGAGCUGUCCAGUGCUGAAACGGGCACUGGCUGGAGAGCAACUGUUUUGUCAGAGGUUUGGCCUACAGCAGGGACUGCUUUUAUCUGUUCAUCCACAUUUUCUGAUUUAACUUAACUAGUCAGUGCAUUUUUAUCACAAAGUUGGAGUGUUUAGGCCUUAUGCCCCUACUGUGUAAGAUCUCUCCUGUAGUGUGUCUGACAUUUCUAAUGUACAACAGCGAGGAUUGCCGUUUUCUUAUAGGAAGCUGUAGAAACUGGACAGGAACUGUGUGGCAGUAAGAGCUUGUGCCUGCUUCCCAAGCUGUCUGAAACUGCUCUUCCAUGAAGUAGGGAAGAAGGCAAGCAAAGCAUGGGAUUCCAAGCCUUCCCUCUUCUGCCCUGAUAUCUGGCUUCCUCAUCCCAGCCCCUGGCAGCUCUGCUUUCCUGCUUGCAGCUUAUGUGCACUUUAUAUUGUGGCUUGUAAAUUUUUGUCUUAAUAAAGUGUUUAGUGACUGCUGAAAA